GGGUAAGUAGAUGUGGUGAGGAGUGGGACAGUUAUUGUUGUGCACCGAACACCAUGGAUGACUACCCUAUGUACGGUCUGCUCGUGGGGUUCUCCCUCUGGGGGACCCUCUGGUGUCUCCUCUUUCCGUUGGGCUUCUGGAACACAAUGACGUGUAGAGUAGAGACGAGGGGUGGCGCUAGUACCACUCCCUACACCAAGGAGCAGGAGGAGGAGGCUGUGAGGAUCUUGGCCGAGCAGAAGGCCAAGAAAGAGAAGAAGGAGGUUGUGAAGCAGACCAAGAAGUUGGCCUUGUUGCAAGAGCAGGCCGAGAAAAGAAAGAAGUUGGAGGAGGAAUUGGAAAGGAUGAAAAAGGAGGAGGAAGAAAAGUUGAAAGCAGUGGAUGCAAAAGAAGAAGAAGAAGAGAAAAAGGUGAAAGAAGAAGUGCCCCUCAUUAGAAGAAGUAUCAGGGAAAGAGGAGAGACGAGUGGCACAGAGAAAGAGGAUUCCUGGAUGGAGAAGAAGGUUUCUGAAUGGGUUGCUAAUCUGUCUCUGGGAGAAGAGGAGGAGGCAAUGUUAUAUGUUCCCAGGGAAGAACAAGAGGUGGUCGUUAAGGAAUUGGAAGUCGAGGAAGAUCCUCUCAAACGGCAAACGAUAGAGGAGGAGAAAAAGUUGGAGUGGAAGUUGCGUCUGGCCAGGGAGAGGAAGAAAAGGAUGGAGGGGGCGAGUAAGGCGGCGAAAGAACUGGAGGAGGUGAAACAACUAAGGGUGCAGAUGGAGGCAUAUGUGGAUUGGCGGGGAAAGAUGGAAGUAAUGGCGAGGAAUAUAGAACGCCUGGCGCAGGCUCAGGAGGAGCAAUACCAAUUUGGGAGGAGUCAGGAUAUAGCCCUGCGAUCAAUUCGAUUGGGGUUCAGAGAUUUUGCACGUGAAAUAAUCAUGCACGUGGGCUCAGAAGUGCAGACGAGGUUAAAAAGCACAGAGCGAUUCUAUACCGGUGCCAUAGAGGGCGCAAAGUUGGCUGCACCAAAAGAGGAGGAAGUUUGUCCCCGUAGGGAGCCCGUUAAGGUGAAGUUCCCCGAUUCCUACAGUGGGAAGAAGGAGGAGAACUUCGAUAAUUGGGAGACCAAUCUGAACUCCUACGUGCAUCUGCAAAAAAUAUAUCCUGACGAACAUGUCCUCAUAGCCUUUCAUGCUCUUAAAGAUGAAGCAGCAAGCUUCGCCAGGUCGCUUUGUCGCGCUGCUAAUUGCAAUAACGACAUGGUUGCCUAUUUCGCGUUCAUCCCUCUCAACGAGUUCUUCAAAUUAUUACAUGAAAGGUUUGCAGAUGUCCCACGAAGCGUUAGAGCUUCUGACAAACUGCAGACCAUUCAUUCUCGCCAAUGGAGGAGUGCCAGGGAACUCAAGGGUGUCAUGGAUGAGUUAGUCGCCGUCCCUGAUCAUGGGGUCACUGAGACCCAAUUAGUCAACCUAUUCUACCGUGCCAUGCCUGAGCCUUUACGUGGGCACUUCUUUCAGAAGAGUAUGGAGGCUACCAUGACCUACGAUAUCUUGAGUAAGGAAGUGGUAGCGUACGAGGUGCAGUCCAUGUCUAUUUCCACUUUCUGGCAUAAGGACUUCGAUAAGGGCCAAAAGUGAAAAGGUCGUACCAUCUCUGGUCAGGUUAAGGGCAAGGAUCACCUGAUCCUUACGUUAGAUGAGGGUGGUAUGGAAGACGUCCCAUAUGAUCAAAUAAAAUGGGGUCUCGAAAAGGAUGGUGGUAGUGUGGGUCAGGGGAGGAUUUAUGUUGUUGUCGCGGCUGGAGGGAGGCCGCAAGGAAGAGGGAGAGGCCAGGGCCAACGGGGCCGGACCUCUGGUGGUUGUGGACAGGGCAAUUAGGGGCUUGGUGGCAGUGGAGGCCGUCAAGCGGGAGGUAGGGGUCAAGGUCCCCAGCAAAACCGCUCUAGUUUUAAUCAAUCACCUUACAGGAG